AUGAACCGAGUUUGUUCUCCCUAUUUUGAUCCAGAUUUUGAUAGCCUAGCUGAGAGGAUAAAUGGCCCAAAAUGUCGAGUUACUAUUGACAAUGAGAGUCUAGAGAAUUGUACAGUAGUGAAGAUUGAUAGUGUAAAUAAGCAAGGUCUCCUUCUGGAAGUAGUGCAAGUGCUAACAGAUAUGAAUCUCAUUAUACUGAAAGGCUAUAUUUCUUCAGAUGCAGGAUGGUUCAUGGAUGUCUUCCAUGUCAAAGAUGACCUCGGUAAUAAAGUAACCAAUCAAAGAGUUGUCAACUAUAUUCAGCAGGCAAUUGGUGCAAAUAGGGAGGGAAUACAGAAAUCAAAGACAAAUACAGGAAGUAGAAAUUUUUUCAAAUGUGAAUCUCCUUAUGAACCUAGAGCAAUUGAAAUGACUGGAAGAGACAGGCCAGGACUAUUUUCAGAGAUAUCAGCUGCCUUAGCUGAUCUCCAUUGCAACGUUGUGGAAGCACAUGCAUGGAGCCAUAAUGCACGUUUAGCUUGUGUUGUUUACAUUUCAGAAGAGUCUACUGGCACACCUAUCGACCACAAUCGUUUGGCAGCAAUUGAGGAUCACCUCACAACAGUGCUCCGAGCAACAACUUCUCGGAGUACAAACGAAGAAAAUGUGAAACAACAAGAAGUGAAAACCGCUUAUGGGCUUAAUCCCGAAGGAGAUCAAGGCACGGUGACCGAUGUGGAACGUAGACUACAUCAGCUUAUGUUAUCUGUUCGUGAUUUUGAAAGCCCUUCAAAGUCUAUAAGAAUGGGGUCUCCAAGAUUAAUUGACAGGAAUGGUGAUCAUGAUCAUAAGGAAGAGAAAAUGUUGAGUGUGUGUAUUGAGAAUUGUGACGAGAAGGGGUAUUCUAUAGUUUCUAUUCAGUGCAAGGAUCGUAAGAGGCUCAUGUUUGAUACUGUUUGCACUCUUACAGAUAUGCAAUAUGUCAUCUUUCAUGCUUCCGUUGAUUCCCGUGGAGGUUAUGCAUUUCAGGAAUAUUUCAUAAGGCAUGUUGAUGGAUAUGCAAUGAGCACAGAGAGUGAGAAAGAAAGAGUGAUAAAGUGCUUGGAAGCUGCUAUAGAACGAAGAGUUUGUGAGGGAAUCCGGUUAGAGCUAUGUGCGAAUAACAGAGUUGGAUUGCUCUCUGAUAUUACUCGGGUUCUUAGGGAGAAUGGUCUAGCUGUUGUGAGAGCAGAUAUAGCUACUGAAGGAGGGAGAGCAAGAAAUAUAUUCUACUUAAGAGACAUUUCUGGUAAUAAUAUUGACAUGAAGUUUGUCAAAUCAAUGAAGACCGAGAUGGGAGAAAUUGAUGUUGCUGUCAAUAACGAGACAACCACAACAACAACGUCGUCCUCAACCACCACAAACUCCAUGACACGUGGAAGCUCUUUUCGCUCUCUUGGAGAUUUAAUGAAAUCUCAGUUCGAAAAACUCUCCCACAACUUCGUUGCCAUCUAGUGGUGCUUCAGAAAUUAGAUGAUGUAAAUUCCUAGCAUUUUGUUUAGGGUCGAACAUAGGCAUUAUUGUACAUAUGUAAAUUUGUCGAUUGAAUCUACUCUUGCACAUUUCAAUUUGACAUCCCCAAGGAUAUUAUCUUUGAAUAAAACCUGAAAAAUUUCCUUU